GGCUUAGGAAGCCUCAGCUCAGUUGAUGGUUCUGAGAAGGCCAAGAGAAGAUUCCCCUUCCUCCUAAAGAAGAAAAACCCAAGUAAAACAAUGGGCAGCUUGGGAGAAGAAGACCUGAGCCAAAUGGUGAGAGACUACAUUGAAUUAGAGCCUCCCAUCUCCAUUUCCAUGGCAUCUUCAGUCCCUUCUCUUAAUCAUCAACACCAGUAUCUCAGUUUGCAGGAUAUUCUUGGGAAGUAUACGGAUGAGGAAGCUGAAAUUCAUGGGAAGGUAUUAAUGUAUGUGGCGGAAUUGGGAACUUCAAAGGAUCAAGAAAAAAAUCUCAAGAAAUUAAUGGUAAUGAAACUGAGAGCAGAUGGCUAUGAAGCUUCUCUUUGCAAAACUUCCUGGAUUUCCAAUUCUAAUCACUCAAAAGGUGUUUAUGAGUAUGUUGAUGUUAUGAUGGUGGAGAAGGAUGGGAGAGCAAAGAGGGUCAUAGUGGAUUUGGAUUUCAGGUCUCAGUUUGAAUUGCCAAGGCCUACAGCGGCAUACAAUGAGAUAAUCAACUGUCUUCCUCUCAUAUUUGUUGGGUCUGAAGAAAAACUUGGGACGAUCAUCCCUUUACUCUGUUCAGCUGCUAAAGAAUCUCUCAAGGCAAAGGGUCUCCACAUUCCUCCAUGGAGAAAAGCUGCCUACAUGCAGUCCAAAUGGCUUUCAAAAAAUUUCAAGAAAGUUAAUGUCUCUCCAGAAUUAGAAGAGGAUAGUAAGAGAGAAGAAAAGAGUGGUACUGCUUCUACAUGUUUUCCUUCCAUAUUUAGCAAGGGACAACUCCAAUUUUGCUUGAAGCCCUAGAGAGUAUGAUGGGUUCUGUUUUUAGUAGAGAGGAUUCUGGCUUUAAUCAGCCAAUUUUGUAUGAAGUUUUCACCCCCCACACUCUGUAAUCCUGGGUCAUUUUUUGUUUUUUUUGGGCAGAUCUCAGGUUUCAAUCCUGUAAUCCAUCCUUCCAUCCCUUUUUCUUGGCACAAUUGAAUAUGUUACACAAUGUGGUUUUAGCAAAGCCCUUUUGUUAAUUCUUUUUUGGGUUUUAUUAUUCUAUAAUUUAACUAAAAAACUAUAAAAUAAAAUAAAAUAAAAUCU